UUCGGCCUGAGCUGCACCUGCACUUCCCCGCUUUUCUCACCAGGGCGAACGCCAACUCAAGAGUGACUAUUGGGUGACACUUGAUCGGCUCUUCAUGGCCUACCCGGGAUAUGGAGGAGGGUUUGGAAAUUUUAGUGGUCAGAUGCCAGAAAUGCAAAUGCCAGGAACAGGUCCAAACAUGCUCCCUGGUGGUUACUCUGGGUACCCAGCAUAUUCAGACAAUUAUUCUUCAGCUGAUGAUGCUAUGUGGAAUUAUUUCACUGCUGUUGCUGGACAGGAUGGUGAAGUGGAUGCUGAGGAACUUCAGAAAUGUUUGACACAGUCUGGAAUCAGUGGAACUUAUUCUCCUUUCAGUUUGGAAACCUGCAGAAUUAUGAUUGCCAUGUUGGAUAGAGAUUACACAGGAAAAAUGGGGUUUGAUGAAUUCAAGGAGCUUUGGGCAGCUCUUAAUGCCUGGAAACAGAACUUCAUGACCAUUGAUCAAGACCGAAGUGGCACAGUAGAGCAUCAUGAGCUGAGUCAAGCCAUUGCUAUUAUGGGCUAUAGGCUGAGUCCUCAAACGUUAACUGCUAUUGCUAAACGUUAUAGUAAGAAUGGCAGAAUUUUCUUUGAUGAUUACGUUGCUUGCUGUGUGAAGCUUCGAGCAUUGACAGAUUUCUUUAGGAGAAGAGACCACUUGCAACAAGGGUGUGUGAACUUAAUUUAUGAUGACUUUUUGCAGGGGACCAUGGUAAUUUGAAUGCCUUGUAUUUGAAAGCAGAAGAAAUACUGUGAAUUCGUUUGCUUGGAAGAAGUGAACUGGACUAACUUAAAUUAAAACUUUGGGUACUUUUUGUGAUCCUACUUGUUUAAUAUUUUCCCUAACUAUGUGUUUUUCUUUAAUCCAUAGUUCAAAGCAAGAAAAGAUAGAGAUAGAUAGGUUUUUUUUUCAAAAGUUAUCAUUUUGCAAAUAUCUGCACACUAUUGUAGGAUAUUGGCACAGAAUUAAUUGGUGUCAAAACGUCUUACCCUUAAUUUUUAACAGUGAAAACCUAGAGGAAUGUACUAAUGAAAUUAUGUAAGAUUAUGUAAAGAAGCCAAGUGACUAAAGCUUAGAUAAAUUUAUACUUAUAUGAGAUACAGAUUACACUUUUGAAUUAUAUUUGUAGAGGUAGGUGUUUGAGGGUCAGCUAGAAGGGAUUUUGUGCCAUCACAUAAUCAAAAAACAUAACCUUUUAGGUUUUUGCCUAUGAAGAAGAAAAUUGCAGUUACUACAAAUGUAUCCUAAUUUGAAUCUAUAGAAAAAACUACAGUAGGCAUUGCUUUUCCUUUUUAAAAUUUUUUUGCACUGCAUAUUUUUCUUCAAUAUAUUUUACUGUCUACUGUGAAAUAAAAAGUUCUUUAAAAACCAGAUUUUCCUUCUGCCUUGUAUUUCAUUAGUGAAAACAUACAUAACCUGAAAUUUCAUUUUUCUCUAAGUCUAGAUUGGGGGAAUGACACAUUUUUGAGAAAUCGUCAACUUUUAAAUUUGUUGUUAAACUGAGUUGCUAUUAUUAGUUAACUGUUUAUAAAGUUCUAAAUCAAGUAAGCUAUGCCUCUAUUUAGAUAUUACAAAGUUGUAAGUUUGGCUUAUUUGACUACAUUAGCAAGUGGCUUUAAUAUUAGCAAAUCAAUAACUAUUCUGUAUAUCUUUGUAAUAUGGGUUAUUGGGUAUAGGAGACACCACAACAACAUUUCUUGGUGGUUUUACCACAGAAAUUAUAAAGCAGAGUCACCAAUUUCUUAACAUUGAGAUCCCUGGCAUAAGCUGUCGUAAUUAGUGUAGUUUCUUUCUUGGCAAACAACCUAAGUCUUUCUUAAUGAAGAUUUAAUAAACCACAUGUUUUUCUCACACUUUAUCUGAACAUCUUCCAGCCUGAAGGUUACUAUAAAUUGAUAUAAUUUUAGUCUGGCUGGUGACCAAAUUAACAUACAGUUUUUUAAAAACUCCAUAUUUUGUAAAGGAUGGAAGAUGGGUGGUAGUCCAUCUUGGAAAAAAACCCUCUUAUAAAUGAAUAGAAAAUCACCUUUUACUUUUAAAAAUCAUAGAAAGGAAGAAAUGUAUAGUUAUUUGACAUUGAUAGUUUUUUAUAAUUUGCUGUCAAAUUCACUUAGUUUGAUAAGAAUGGGUCAAAAAUAAUCCGUAUAGUUUUGUCCUCUGGCUGUUAUUUUAUUUUUCAUGGACAUAUAUUUAUUAAUGUGAGAGGACAUUACCUGAGUCAUAACAAUACAGAAGUAUAAUUUUAAAAGUUGCAGGAAAAAGAAACCAGAUAGUGUGAUCAUUCAUGUUGAAUAAUGGUAAUGAUAUAACCCAGGAACUUGGAACCUUAACUUAUAGGUGAUACAUUAUCAAGUUAGUAUGCUGUUCUGUGGUCAGUUAUGAUAGUGUUCCUAACUUGGAGGCUCACAGUUGGGGUAAAACUUUGAAUUUAACAUACACUAUUGUUCAUAAAGGUUCUGCCAAAUGACCCUUGUAUUAGAACUCUUCACACAAUUCCCUAACUCAUUCUUUUUUAAAGAUGCUUCUAUGCAGUUUGGUGUUGAGAGAUGCGAAGUUUCCAUGGCCAAACAUAAUUGGAAAUUCUCAUCUUCAGGGAGUUUAAUAACAUACAUUAGCAUAUGAAAAUAUGCAUAGGUACAUAUGGUUAUGUCAAAUUAUCAUGGUUUGACUCAGGUUAUUCCAAAAUGUUGACCACAGAACCCUUUUUUCUAGCAAAACCUAUAUUCCAUUCUGAUCUAGCUUCAUCAUCAGGCAAUGCUUUUAUAUUAUAAUCAAAUUAACAAUCUUAUAAACACAUUAGGCAGAGAGAAUCUUUUAUCAGGAUUUUUGUAUAGAAAUGCAGUUCACUUUUUUGAUGCUGUUAACAUAAUUAAUGUGAACAGAUAUCUUUUUUGUUUUAUGAUGGACACAAUUGCAAUGUAAAUAGUGUGUGAUAGUUUGUAUUGGUUAACUUAUACCCCAAUUGUGAUGAUGUAAAUUACUGAAUAAUGUACACUCUUAAUGUAUAAGUGCUUUUAUUUAUACAGUAAACAUGUUUCCAUGUCAUUUUGAGAAUUUUUUUAAUAAACAUUCAAAUAGCUUGCUGUAAA